GCUUAUCGUUGUCCUGUGUCCUCCAGCGUAUGUAGGGACACUUAGCAGUUUUGUGUUAAUGGUGAGGAACGCAAUAAUAGCACUGACCUUCAUUGCAGCUGGUUAUAUACUACAGAGACACAACGUGACAGACAAAGAUGUGGCACUCCACCACUACCAGUAUUUCUUCCUUAUGAUAAUAACCUUGUCGGUCAUUGGGAUAAUAUUCGGAGUUGUGAUGAAUGUUAUGGAUAUCCGAAAGGAAAGCGCUUUGAAUGCAAGGAUAUGUAAAUGGCAACAAUCUAAUAUAGAAACCAUAGGACUAAUAUCGAUGGAGGAACCCGCCAACACGUACUAUGGUAAUAACGACGCCAACGAGAGUGAUGAAUGUUCAAUGGAUGGAAUGUGAAACAGACAUUGACCAAGAGAUAGUAACGUAAUCACUAUAGCUGCAUGAUGUGGAUUUGGGGGGAAAAGUUCAAUUAUCUGUAUGGAAGAUACAGCUUCGUUGUAUGGAGUGCUCAAGUGUGACUAUCAAACAUAGCAAGUCUAUUUAUUAAGUAUUCCAGUUUGACAUUCCGAUAUAUCAAGUCAUUUAUUCUGUGUUACAGUGUGAUCCAGAUAUAUGUCACGUCACUGUAUCCGGUGUUACUGUAUGACCGUGAUAUUUAUGAGGUCAUCGUAUUCUAUGUUACUGUAUGACCAUGAUAUAUAUCACGUUAUUGUAUCUGAGUCGUUAUAUGACCGUGAUAUAUAUUUUUUCUAUUAUGUGUUUCUUUUUUUAGAAUUGCAUGUUUCAUGUAUGAUUAUUCUUUCUUUUUAUGAUCGCCAUUAUCUUUUUUGAGCUAAUAGAUUUAUUUU